AUUACCGAGUUUGAGAGAGAGUUUUAGAGAGAGAGCAAAAAGUGAGAGAACAAAAGAAGUGGAUGAUGGACACGUCCGUGAAUCCCAAGACCGAAACCAUGUUCCCUCUUUCAUCUUUCUACCCUGAUGCUGUAUCUGAUACAUUUGUGGUUUCACAACAAGGUGGAGAAGUAAAACAACGACGAAGACGCCGUAAGAACAAAGGAGGUGAAAGUAGCCUUUCUAAGAAGAGGAAGCUCACUGCUGAGCAACUGCUUCUUCUGGAGGAAAGUUUUGUGAACGACCAGAAGCUGGAAACGGACCGCAAGGAAGAACUGGCUUCCCAGCUGAAUCUUGACCCUCGACAAGUUGCUAUUUGGUUUCAGAACCGUCGGGCCCGUUGGAAGACCAAGAAGAUUGAAGAAAAACUUACACAAAUACAGACUUCUCAUGACAGCAUCAUGUUAGAUAAAUUACGCCUCGAGUAUGAGGUGUUGAUGCUGAGACAGGAACUCUCUGAAGCUCAGGCAAGGAUCCAAGAGUUGACCGAGCAUCCCAAUGAUGCAAUAUCAAGCAACAGUCCGCUAGCAAGUACAGUCUCAAUGGAAACAGCGAACUCUCCAUUAUUUAGGGAAUUUGGCGUUGAAACAUACGACGAUAUUUUCUAUGUGCCACCUGAAAGCGCAUCAAGCGACUACAAUGACGGCUUUGAUUAUGUCCUAUUGUUUGAUUAA